AUGGCCCUCCCUAAGGCAACCCUCCUCUCCCUCCUUCCCUUGAUAGCUCCUACAAUCGCAUGGGGUACCCUCGGCCACGACACCGUAGCCUUCAUCGCCCAAUCCUUCAUUUCCAACAAAACCGCCUCCUUUGCCAAAACACUCCUAAACGACUCCUCCGAUACCUACCUCGCCAACGUAGCUACAUGGGCCGACUCCUACCGCUACACCACCGAAGGCGCCUUCUCUGCGCCUUUGCACUACAUCGAUGCACUAGACGACCCGCCCGCCUCUUGUGACGUUGACUUUGAACGCGACUGCCCUGAGGAAGGAUGUAUUGUUUCCGCGAUCGCGAAUUACACCAACCGUAUCACGCCGUCUAACAUCUCCAUCGCAGAGCGGCAGAAGGCGCUGAAAUGGGUGAUUCAUUUCCUGGGCGAUAUCCACCAACCACUCCAUGUCGAGAAUCUUGAGAUCGGCGGGAACGGGAUUAAUGUCACCUUCGAUGGGGUAACCACCAACCUGCACCACAUCUGGGACUCUAACAUGCCUGAGAAACUCAUCGGCGGGUACUCUCUCUCGGACGCUCGCACUUGGUCUGAAGAACUUGUUGCGGAGAUCCAAUCCGGAAAAUAUGCAAACGCGAGUUCCGCAUGGCUGAACGGCAUUGAUAUCAAGGAUCCUGUGGCUAGCGCCAUGGUCUGGGCCCAGGAUGCGAAUUCAUAUGUUUGCACGGCGGUGAUCCCGCUGGGGCAGGAGGCGGUUGAGGGGAAGGAGUUGGAGGGUGAGUAUUAUGAUGCUGCUAUUCCGGUUAUUCAACAGCAGAUUGCGAAGGCAGGGGUGAGGUUGGCGGCGUGGUUGAAUUUGAUCGUUGAGGGGAAGACGAACUCGGGAGGGUAUGAGACGAGCGAUCAGACUGUGAAAAGAGGCGAGGCUAAACUCAAGGACUGGAUGGUCGAGGCGAGGCGCGUCAGGAGGGCGUUUGGGUAUAAUUGUGGAGCAGAGGGACAUAAGCAUUAG